AUGGGUCAAAUGGAAGCUUUAGAAGAAGAACGAAAGCAAUUUAAACUUUUAACCAUUCAAAGGCACCUUCUGCUCUUUCUUUAUUUCCUUUGGUUAGCAAUGCUCUCUAUUAUAGAGCUUUUGGUCUUGAACUCCAUGGAUAAACACAACAUCAAGCUUAGAUUGAUGGAUUCCAACGAGAUUUCGUGGUUUGUGGGUUCAUCUUGUCUUUACGCGUUAGAGGCUGUAAGUGUGCUGCAUCAACAAUGUCUCUGA